CGCCGCCGCUGCCUCCUCCUCCUCCUUGCAGAAGAGCGUGUGCUUCGCCAUGGCUUUCGCGACCCGUCCCUUCGUGCGCCUGGCUUCCACCGCAGCCGCCAAGAAGCUGGUGAUCAAGCAUGUGACAGUGGUCGGAGCCGGCCUGAUGGGCUCCGGGAUCGCCCAGGUUGCUGCAGCAACUGGCCACACGGUGGUAUUAGUGGACCAGUCAGACGAAAUAUUAAAUAAGUCCAAGAAACAAAUUGAGGAUAGUCUGAAGAAACUAUCAAAGAAAAAGUUUGCCGACAAACCCGAGGCUGGUGUAGAAUUUGUUGAGAAGACCUUAAAGAAUAUAACUGUGAACACGGAUCCGGUCUCUGUGGUUCACAGCACUGACCUUGUCGUGGAGGCCAUUUUGGAACACUUAGUCCCAAAAACUGAGCUCUUCAAGACACUGGAUAAGUUUGCGGCGGAGCACACCAUAUUUGCUAGCAACACUUCAUCUUUGCCAAUCACAGUCUUAGCUAAUGCUACCACCCGGCAGGAUCAGUUUGGUGGUUUACAUUUUUUUAACCCGGUACCUCUGAUGAAGCUUGUAGAGGUUAUCAAGACGCCGAUGACGAGCCAGAAGACUUUUGAGUCUCUCAUGGAUUUCAGCAGAGCAGUUGGGAAAAAUCCAAUAUCGUGCAAGGAUACGCCUGGCUUCGUUGUGAAUCGACUUCUUGUGCCUUACCUGAUGGAAGCAGUUCGGCUUUUUGAGAGGGGAGAUGCAUCAAAGGAAGAUAUUGAUGUUGCCAUGAAACUUGGGGCAGGUUAUCCUAUGGGCCCAUUUGAACUCUUAGACUAUGUCGGCUUAGAUACCAGUAAAUUCAUUAUGGAUGGAUGGCAUUCAAUGGAACCGGAAAAUCCUCUCUUUGCUCCAAGCCAACUUCUAAAUCAGUUGGUAGAGGAGAAGAAACUUGGAAAGAAGACUGGUGAAGGAUUUUACAAAUACAAAUGAACUUUGCAGUGUGCCAUGUUUUUCUGAUACGCAUAAGGAAAGCUGCUGAGCAUUUCCAUACAGUAUUUGUAAUACUGCUCAAUCAGGGCCAUAAAAACCAGUCAGUGCUGUAUCUUGAUUAUAAAGGCUGAGCAAUUUAUUUCCACAAUGUGGUCUUACGAUAUUUUAAAUCACUGGGAUUUAUUGGGUGCUUUACACAUUGAAGUGCCUUUUUUUGGAUCUAAAUACAUCUCAGGUUUAGAAUCCUCCAUCCAACUAGUAGAAAUUUUAAUAUGAAUAAAAUACUUCAAAUAUAGAGUUGCUUUGAUUUUUUCCCGCAGUAGGUGGCAGUGUGAAAGCAGAGUAUGAAUUAACGUUUUCCAUUUUAGCCAAUAAUGCUUUAUUCAGUAAUAAAUUACACUCAUUUAGAUUAGUAUACAGCUACAUUCAGCAUAUAUACCAUAUAGUCUUUUCUUUUUAUGCCUUUGUAUAUCAAUCAAUUUGCAUGUCUUUGUCUUCAUCAUAUAACACAGGUUUGCUACAGAAUAUGAACUUCAGCAAGAAGGCAGGAGGGGCUGUUUUUUAAACAGGAGAAAGGAUGACUUCCAUGUUAAACAGAUAUAAAAAGACUACCUUAAAAUGUAAUACUAAAUGGUAACUUGCAGGAACUGUUUUGACAUUGAAAAUCAAUAGAUGCAGUGGUUAAGUCAUUGAACUAGCAACAGGAAAUACAAGGUUGUAUUUCUCCGUAGCUGUGGAAAAUCACUCAAGCGGGGUGGGUGGAAAGGAGAGAUGGAAAGCUAUUUUUGCCACUUGAACUUGUGGAGAAAAAUACAGGUUAUAAAACUAAUUAAUGAUGUUCUGUAAUAGUAUUGCCCUUAAUGGUUGAGAAACUGCCUUCAGUUCCUCCUCCUGGUGUGCUCAUCAGAAUCCUUGGAGUAUCUUAAUGAGGAUUUAAAUUUGGGAAAAUCUUGACUUAAAUAAAAAAAUAAGACAUGAUGCUAAA